AUGCCGCUCGCAAGAGUCUACAAUCACGUUGAGACGGUCGAUCGUCCUUGGCCGGGAGGGCGAGACCUGGGCCCGGCGCAACCUUGGAUUCUAAGGAGACGGAGGAGGCGGAGUAUGUGGGUCGACGAUGGCUCUCCGGAACCACCACUACAGCGGCGUCCGUAUAAUCCUUUCGGCGCUGCUCGUGACGUACCACCCCCCGACGGAGGCGGAGGUGAGGGCGAUGAUGGACGAGGCCGCGACGACCCUGCCAGAGACGACGAACAACAGCCACCGCCACAACCUGCGGGCGAUAACAACAGACCACAGGCGCGAGGUCGACAGGGAGGAGAAGAAUGGUUCUUUCCACGAGACCUGAUGCGCGAGAGACGGGGUGAUCGCCGCCCUCCCCCUCUUGUACUGGAACCUUACCCCGGCAUCCAGCCAACGCCGCACCUCGUCGGAUGCGUUGCGAUGGAGCAGAAGCCAGAGCCGCAGCCUACCACAGACGACCACCGAGCCCACGUCCGCGUCCACGUCCUCGGCGUCGUCGCGGGGGAGCACGAGGGACCCCACGGCCGGAGCCUGAACGCGUAG